GCAGCACUGAAGAAUAACGCCCAAGAGCGGGGACUGCGCUCCCCCGACUCCUGGGAAAGCCCAGUACUCUAGACAAGCUGGACUUAGAGUCUCCAGCUCUUUGAAGAGUUCUCAGGAAGUUUGGGGGAGGGGCGAGCCGCUCUCUCCUGUUCUAAUCGCAGGAGGGUGAGGAGGAACCACAGUGGCAGCAGGUCUCGGAACUGUCACAUUCCUGCUCACAGACGGGUCGGGCGCUCUUGGUGGAGUCUGCUGCUCGAGUGAGCAGCCAGGGCAGAGCGCGCUGGCAUGGAGGGACUAGUCCUGUUCAACGCGCUGGUCACCCGGCUGCUGUUCUUCCUGCACUCGCUGGUUGGGGUCUGGAGAGUGGCCAAGGUAUAUGAGGAGCCGAUGUACUUGCUGCUCUCGCUGCUCACCCUCUUGCUCUUUCUGGAGACUGCGCUCACCCUCAAGUUCAAGCGAGGCAGAGGCUACAAAUGGUUUUCACCAGCCAUAUUUGUAUAUCUAAUUAACAUCGUUCCAUCAUUGUGGAUUCUUGAAGUACACCAUGGGACCCAGUCUUACAGUAGCCAAUCGGAAAGGAACGUCACAGAAUACAGCAGCAAAGAAGACUUCAAUCAGACGCUGAUGUCGAGUGAACCCAGUGGAGGGGAUGGUCUCUUCGAGACAGCCCGGGUUUUUAUACAGAACUUGUCUGAAGUUCCUGAGAAAGACUGGACUUUGGCACUCCACCAGACACUCUUGUUAAUGCUCAUAAUUGGGAGAUGGCUUCUGCCUAUUGGGGGCACAAUCACUCGGAACCAACUCUCUGAACUUCUCCUUAUGUUUGUGGGGACAGCUGCUGACAUACUGGAAUUCACAAGUGAGACUUUGAAAGAAAAAAAUGUGAGGAAUAACCCUGGCCUCGUCUACGCCAUCCUUUUUAUAUGGACCUGGGGCCUGCUGCAGUUUCCACUCGACCUUGCAGUACAGCACGACGUGUGCCCCUCGUCUUUUAGAGCGAGGGCGCUCCCCAGCAUGUUGUUUUGCCAGCAUGGUGCCGACCUGUGGAACAUUGGAAUCACUGUCUUCAUACAAGACGGCCCCUUCCUUACCGUGCGUCUCGUACUGAUGACCUAUUUCAACGUGAUCAACCAGAUGCUGGUGUUCUUUGCUGUGAAGAAUUUCCUUGUGGUGGUGUUACACCUCUACCGCUUGGUUAUCUUGGUCUUGGUUGUCCGUGCCUCCUUGCAAAGCCAGCCACAAGUCCUGCGAGGAGAGACCAGUGGUCCGGCUGAAGCAGCUGACAGAGGGGUCUCACGUGGGGACUGGGAGGGAGACUCCAAGGAGGGCGUGGCCAUGCCUUUGCAGGGCUUGUCUGUCACCUCUGAGGAUUCUUACCCCACACCAUAGUUAUUUAUUGACAGCAGCAUGCAAGUGAAUUAUUUGACUUGACAGUUUUUCUUACAAACAGAAUCUCCUUCUUCCUUUUUUAAAAAACCUUGCCUAUAAUAAUUUUCAAAAGAACAACAUAAAAAACAAUCUUAAACCGGUCAAAACAAUAUCAGUGGAGUCACUUUAAAAUGGAGCUGGAGGUGACAUCCGGGAGGAACUGCCUUGCAAGUCUGAUGCCUCACACUUUGGAAGGUUACAACCACAAAACAAAACAACCUUUGGACGGGGCCUAAAGCAACGUUGUAUCCCCCCCAAAAAACUAUUUGCAAGGAUAACAAGAAAGUAGAUAUUCUGACUAUCGGACUUAUAGCUACCUGACCAAAAAUUGAAAACCUUGUUUAGCAUUAGCAUCAGUGUGUUAUGUUACGCGCACCUAUAGAAAUGCCUUCCUUCUGUUGGUGUAACUGUUCUCCAUCCCUUUCUCAUAAAUACCCUUAGUCAUUGUCUCCUCAUCAGAGCACUAUUUGGGCUCCCCACCGAAUCAGUGCUUUCCAGAUAGCGAUUUUUAUUGAUUUCAAAUAAAUGUUUGUUGCCUUUCACUUUGAAAGGGUUUUUAGCUUUAGGUUAUCAAAACAAAGCUGAGAAUUUUUUUUUUAACUGAAUGGAAAGAACUUUGAUUAGUGGCCAUGGCUACGACUUCUGUGUGAUGGUAUCAGAUGUUAGAGUUGUUCAAUGACUAAGUGAUUUGUUUGUCUUGAACAGUUUGAAAAGCUGUGGCCCAGGUUACAAUGACAUGCCCUCAGGAGAUUCAGUGCAAACGAACUGUCCCAGCUGUUACCUGAAAACAGAGAAGCUUUGAACUUUGGCUCCAUUGUCAGACUAUCUCAUCUGAUCUUUUCUGCAAUGUCCCUCUCUGACAUUUAAAAAAAAAAGUACAUUCUGUGAACGCAGAACAAAUAAAGGAUAAUGUGUCUUUAAAAUUACCUCAGUGUGGGCUAGAAACAGUGAAAAUCUCUGCCUCGCUACCAUAGCAUGGAGAGCCCUCUUCAUUGCUGCACAGACCUUCCCAGAAAAUCAUUUUUCUGGGCUGAUGUGGUGUUCUGUCAUGGCGCAUAUGCUCUUACAGAAAUUUUAUUGCUUUUGGCUUAGGCACUGCAAAAUUCACAGCAAGCCAUUUCAGUUAGAGAUCUACUGGUUGCGAGGCAGAAAGUACUGGUAAUGCUAGUAAAGUCACAAUUUCCACUCUGAGCGUGAUUUGCAGUAUUUGUCAGUAUUUUUCUUAACUGCACUUCACCGUUUUCUGUAUAGCCAAGUCGAAUUUUGGGAGUUGGUGCAAGGAAACGCUGAGUCAGUGAAUAAUGGGGUUUCAGGCCCUUUAAGUGUUACCAUAGUUUUUGGUGUGUGCCAGCGUCACGGCAGCCCCUCUGAGCUGCCACAACAGGACACAGCCUUAGGUCUCAGGAAAGGGACUGGUGAUGGAGGCUUGCAUCAGCCUUACCCAUGGCCCAUGGCCUUCGAUUAGUGAUCGGGGUCAGAAUACGUAUGGUGCAGCGUUAUGGAAAUCAGGACAUUUGCCUCUCUUCUCUGCGUUAAGAGUUCAUUUUUCUGAUAUUGAUAUAGUCACACUUUUCUUUUAUAUAUUGCAGUAUUUUCCAGAUGGAGGUGAUUCAGAACCUUUUCUUUCUUAUUUUUGCUUUUAAACAUUUAGUGUGAAAGAUACCUGGCUAUAUCAGAUAAUUGCAUGAGGUAAACAGUUCCAAAACUAUUCUUUUGGGGCUCAAAUCAUGGUUCCUUCUUAUUAUCCUCAGGAACUCAGAGAGGCUGAGAUAACACAGCAUAUAACCUUAGAUUAGGUGUGACUUAUUGGCAAUUAAUUGGGACAAUUUUAUCUAUAAAUCUGUGUGACAUGAUAUCUGUUCAAAACAUUUGAUAAAACAUUUCAUAAGCAAUCUCUGUGUUUAUACAGAGAAAUCAGUAAUUUCCAACUAAUGUGUUCUUCAGUGCCUGAUACCCUGUUUCUAUUUCUUUUCUUCCAUGUGUUUCUCAUUUUAACAAUACAAUUGUAAAGUUACACAUGAAACUAAUGGGGUGCAUUUAUAAUUUUCCAUAAUAAUUUUACGAAAGAUCAGGAAAUCGUAUCUAUAUAAAGGAAGAAACUUGACAACUUUUAAGGGCAUGUUAUUUAAAAUGCUUCACAACUGAAAGCAAAAUAAUAGCUGCUAUUUAUAAAAAUGCCUCGGCAGAGUCUGUUUUUAUGUUGACUAUUUUAUGGUGAAUGUUUUCCUCCACAACAUGUAUGUGCUACUUAUUACUGCAGAUUUGCUCAUGGCAUACUUUUCAUGUUUUAAUUUUUUUCCAGCAAAACAAACAGUGGGGCUCUAAAAAUAGAUCAGUAUAAAGUAAUACGGGCUGUUGCAAGGAUAUUUUUAAAUGCUUUCGAAUCUAAGACUUGGCACAGCUUUGUGAAUGAGUUUCUAGUAUUUAAGUGAACUAUUUUGCAAUUAACAUUCCUCCAAAGGCCUGGGAAAUAUGAAGUUUAAAGCCUAGCUUCACUUAGAGUGCCAAGAAGGCAGAGGGCACCCAGGACCAUCGCAGCAACUGAUGGUGAGAAGAAUAGAAACAUGCUCUGGCAACAUUUUCCAGGAAAAUCUAGUAGGGGCGUCAUUUGUUAACCUAACUGCCCAUGCUCCAACUCUUUUGAAAUUAUUAUUCUUAUUGUAGAAAGAAAAUCUAUAUUCAUUUAGCUCAUUUCAAAAUAAAACUUAAGUGCAAGUUGUAUUCCUAGCACCCCUCAUGAAAAGCCAAAAAUUUAUUUAGUUACUUAAUUAUUUUUAGUAGAAUGCUAAACAUGGUGAUAUUUGAAAGCAUCCAAGUGUUUGCUGUAAAGUGGCUAGAAUAUGCUGACAUCCUGGGACUUGUGUCCCUUUAAUUGGUAAUAAGAGAGGUGAUCCCGAUCAUCUGUGUGAUGUAAUGCAGGCCAUACCUCUGAACCAUUCUAUGUAGCUCCCUGCCACCGAAGAAAGUAGCUUAUUUGUUAUCGCUGUUUUAUUUUAAUUUCUUGACUAAAGCUCAGUCAAAUGUCCUCCCUCAAAACAUGGUUCACUUGUAAGGAAACACAAUGUACAUGUUUUUGUGAUGCUGUGUAAAAACUCACCUCAUAAACAUUUUGUGGGUUUUCUUCACCCUUUCUAGAUUGGUUUCAGAGAACAUAACUUGACAUUGCAAGAUUAGUAAACUGUCUCUGUCUUUGAUAAUGUUGUUAAUUCAUAUUUAAGCUGAAACAGAUAACAUACAAAAAUAAAAAUUUGCAUUGGCAAUAACAUUUUUUUUAAUCUUCCCAAAUGAAGAUUGCUACACAAAUGUAUCAUUUGGCUCUGUUGCUGUUUCACCAACAUGCAGCAGCACUUCAGGUCUCAUAUCAGAAAGAUAGGCUAAGAAAUACCAGGACUCACCAUUGUAAUAUUAAUUGU